AUGAAGGAUUCUCCGCUGGAAGCUCUGGCGUUCAAUUACUUGAGCUACGGCCUCCUCGCCGCCGUUAACAAUGUAUUGGCAUGGAUCGCCGCCGUUACCACCGCCGUCAGCUUCUGGCGGAUGAGGAUUUUGCCGGCGACCGAUUGCCACGUGGACGCUGCGGCGGAGCAGGUGGCGGAGAGUGAGGCGGCUGUUGUUCCAGCUAGAGCGGCGCCGUGCGUCGUGUUGGAGAGGCAGGGUAGCACGAAAAUGAAGUUCAGUUUGUAUUACAAGGAGGAGGAGGAGGAGGAGGAUUUAUGGGGAGAUGAUGAAGACGGCGGCGAGAUCGAGGAGAGUGGGGUGAGUCUAGGGUUUGAAAUUGGGGGUAAUUGGGAGUGGGAUGCGGCGAUUGCGUUGAGAAGGGGGGAUUUGGGGUUUUACACGUGGCAGGAUAGGACGGUGCUGAGCGGCAACGUGGUGCGGUUGUGGGAAGGGCGGAGGCGGAAGCAACACCACCAGGUGGUGGAUGGUGGCGUCGUAGUCUGGUAG